UGGAACAUUCUCUCUCCCCCGCAGGAGAGUGCCUCGCGCCAGGAGGCCAAGUUGGCAGAAGAAUGCGAACUGCUCGUGAGCGUCAUCCAGCAGCGCCGCCAGGCCAUCAGCACCAAGAUACAGGAGGGCAAGGCCGUGCGCUUGCGGCGUCUGUCCCAGCUCGUCUCGCACCUCAAACAGAGCCUGGAGAGCUCAGCGUCCCUCGCAGCCCAGGCCGAGCGCACGCUGCGAGAGACCGACCCCGCCCUCUUCCUGCAGACAGCACGCGAGCUGGCCGAGCGUGUCUCCACAGCAACUGCAUCAUCCCCGGUGCUGCUGCCCACUGGCCCCGCCCCUGACGCCUUCGACACACUCGCCCUCGACUUCUCACGGGAGAAGGAGCUGCUGGCGGCACUGGACGUACUCACAGUGCCUGCCCCACCCCGCCUUCGCCCUGAGCUCUGCACAGCAUCCCACGAUGCAGUGACGCUGCACUGGUCCUGCGACGACGCCGCCCAUGUCGCAUCCUAUGAGCUGCGCUAUGGCCUUGCAGAGCCAGGGGCUGGGGGCCCCGCCCCUGACGCCUGGCUGCUGGUCCCCGACGUCCGUCAGACCCACUUCACCGUUCACGGGCUGCAGGCCGGCAGCCGCUACGCCUUCCGCGUGCGUGCGCUCAACCCAGCCGGCGGGCGUGACGGAGAGACGGCCCGGCUACGCACACACAGCCAGCCCUUCAAGCUCGACCCUGAGUCAGCGCACAAGAAGCUGCGCGUGUCACGUGACCAGCUGACAGUGGAGCCAGUGUCGUCGUUGUCUUGGCGAGGUCACAAUCCCCAGUGGGCGGCACCCAGUGUGGCCGGAAACGUCGUCUUGGACAGCGGGCGGCACUACUGGGAGGUCCUGCUGAGCGCGGGUGCCUGGUGAGCCACUUCCUGUGGGGGAAUGGGAACUGCCU